GAUUGUACUACAGUAGAGUCGCGAUGGAAGCUGGGGAUGAUAGACCUGCGGGCAUGAUCCCCGACAUUCUGCUAGAUGGGGACCGCCUUAACAUGCUGCUGGACAUUGUGUGCGCCGACUACAUAACGGCGUGCUACGCCAGCCGCGAGAAUGGUAAACGCGUGGUCUUCAAAGCUCUAGAGAAGCUCUACAUCUCGGUGCACGCCGCGGUGCCCAUAGUUGGCGCCAAUACUCGCGUUCUGCGGCCGGCACAGGAUCCUCAGUUCCAGGAACGAGCUCGCACCUUCUACGAUGAGAUGAUGGCCGAGUUUCGCACCCGGAAACGCGCUGUAGAAGUCGCCGCAGACGGCAACACGUCGUCAACGACCAGAGGCCUAGAUGACAGCAUUGUUCGCGAAGUUAUGAAGCCCAGACUAUUGCAAAUAGUCGAGGAAAUGUGUCGUGAACGUGACCGCCAAUUCGGAUUCGGUGGAGUCUCUGCCCCGCCGAGCUCUAAAGCUACUGCAGCUCCCAUUGAUACAGGAGAUAUACAAGACGAGGUGUUGCCACCUACAGCCGGGGAGAUCCGGAUGGAAGGUUGGCUACGCAAAAAGGGUCAGCACGUCAAUUUAUGGAGAGAACGGUACUUCAUGAUCCGCUCGACUCCCAAUGGCACGCAUUUCCUGUGUUACUUCAGGAAGAAAGGAGAUAAAGAGCCACGUGGAUGGUACAUACUGGGUCCCGGCACCACAGUGGAUGAAGUUAGAGAAUCGCCCAGUAAGAUCGAAACCAAGAAGCUCUUCACGUUCCGAAUCCGCCACUUGAGUCACGCGCCCAACGAUGAGCUGGAGGAGAGUGCAGAGCUGACGCCUGGACCGACCCCGUCCAGACUAGUCGAGUCCCAGUAUUCCCCAAUCAACUCAACUGCUGAGACGGAAUUCGAUGCAAAGCCGAGUGUCAAGCGGGCUACGUCCAGGAAGUUCCGUAGCCGAGCAGCAGCGGCGGCUGCAGCAGCAACAGCAGCAACUGCUGUGGUGUUGACUGGUGGUCUGGCUGGUGUGGGGAUCGGUGUGAUGGGGAUGAGUAUGAGUGCGGCCGCUGCUGCUAGUGCUGGCGCUGCAGGUGCCAUGAUGGCUCAAAGUCGCAGUAAAGGACCAAUCGCACUCGCUGCUGAGUCACUGGAGACUGCGGUGUGGUGGCGUAACAGCAUUCUGGAGUGCAUUGCGCAAGCUGAAGAACAGUGGAAACGCUAUCUGAAUUGGUACAUGGAUCACGAUCCGGAAAUGGAGGAAGGCAGUGUACAUCCUUUACUCGAGAGCAGAAUGCCGGCAUAUAUAUCGUCGGGUGCUAGAGUACGGACCGUCUCGCAACAAUCCUUCGGAAAAGGCGGAACACUACCGCUGCAUCCAGCCAAUCGACAACGAUCGGGAUCGUUCGGAUCCAUGCCGCGAUCGAUCGCUAAGAGCUUCCGAACGUCAGCCACGUUCUCCCAAGAGACAUCCUGGAAGCUGUACGAGUUUUCAAGUAAACUACGUGUCGACACGGAGCGUCAAAGUCAUCAGAGUAGUCUCCGGACAUCUGCUCCUCCGCCAGCACUUCGUACGAGUCUCAAGGUGAGCGCAUCGCCUCGUAAAGUGUUCGAGAUGCUCAUGAAGGUCAACAGUCCGUUCUACACGUCCAACCAUGUUAUCCAGCAAGCUCGUGUACUGGAAGAACACACACAAGACCACAGCGACGUGGUGUAUUGGAAACUCUUCCCGACGUAUCUAUGGCCAGUAUUUGUGAAUGCUCGCGAGCUGUGUAUGCUCCGCUAUUGGCGUAUGGAGCCGGAUGGCUCCUACUUUAUCUGCUUCCAGUCCACUACGCACACGGGCUGUCCUGGUAGUACUGGAGCUGUACGUGCCAACAUAUUGGGUGGAGGGUUCAUCAUCUCUCCACGCGUACAAGAAGACAGCGACAACCUCUUUGAAGAGUGCUGGGUGACGCUAACAAUUCAGAUAAAUCCGAACGGCUGGAUCGACUCGAGACUAGCGCGCUCAUGGUAUUACGUCCAUGCCUACGGAGUCUAUUUUCUGGAAAUGAUCACAGCUAUCACAGCGUCCGAAGGGCGACAAACGCUACGUCCAGUGACGGCAACUUCGGAUCGUCGAAGGAUGAGCGUGGGUGGAAUAGUACCAGGCCCCAGUCAGCAAAUCGUGACCGAGAAGAAGUUUCCUAUGCUCGAACGAUAUCGCACCGAUCUCAGUGUGCUGCAUGGGUUACCUACCAAGUUUUGGAGUGAACCAAGUGCUGAUGGGUUUAUGGUACGUGGACCACAUUAUCUAACCUCAAAAACGAAGGUGCCGUCGACGCGUCAAGCCUGUCGACUAGUGAACGUGGAGUUGUACAAGUCCAAUGAGGCGAUUGAACACAUCGGAGUGUCAUCUUUCGUUGGAGAUGGUUUCGAUACUACGGAUUCUACCGUGGAAGAUCAUCCGUUUCUCUUCAUUAUCAACUUUAUACUUCCUGGCACACCACAUCACUCGGUGGUGCUGUAUUUUACACCGGAAGAUCCGUCCAAGUUGAAGAAAAAUUCGGUGUUUGCUGAUCUCUGUCAUGAGGUGCUACGUGGGCCCAGCGACGAGCUCCGUACGCAGCGUAUCAAGCUGAUUCCGCGUGUGGUGCAAGGUACGUGGCCUAUUCGCGAAGGAGUGGGUACUACGCCGGCCAUUUUAGGCACCAAGAUUUACCAGAAAUACUAUCAAGGCAAGAAUUAUCUUGAAGCGGACUACGACAUCGGCAGCAGUACAGUUGCCACAGGGGUGUUGAACCUCUUGCUGGGCUACUCUCGUGACCUGAUUAUCGACUUGGCCUUCGUCAUUGAGGCUCAAAGUGUCAUGGAACUACCUGAGCGCGUAUUGGGCACUGUGCGUCUGGAUUGUGUUGACUUGCGUCAUGCAGUCCCAUUUACGAAGAAAAUGGGUAAAGACAAGAAAAAAUAA